GCAGUCAGGUGGGAGUGGCCUUCGGGCGGCGAGGAAGAUGGCGUCGGCCAUGCUGGUGCUCAUUUUUCCGCCGUGGCCGGCCGCCCGGGGACUCCUCCGGAGCUGUUGGGAACUGCUACAGCGGAAACUUCAGCAGACCGGGCCAGGUUUACCCAGUCCUCCGUGGGGGCCAGCAUUAGCAAUCCAAGGUCCAGCUGUAUUUACAGAACCAGCAAAUGAUACCAACAGAAGUAAGGAGAUUCCCAGCCUUUCAGAUAGUAUCUUUUGGAUGGCAGCUCCGAAGAACAGACGCAGCAUUGAAGUUAACCGCUGUAGGAGAAGAAACCCCCAGAAACUUAUUAAAGUUAAGAACAAUAUUGAUGUUUGUCCUGAAUGUGGUCACCUGAAACUGAAGCACGUCCUUUGUGGCUAUUGCUAUGAGAAGGUGUGCAAGGAGACUGCAGAAAUCAGAAGACAGAUGGGGAAACUAGAAGGGGGCCCUUUUAAGGCUCCUUCUGUGGAGACUGUGGUGCUGUACGCAGGAGAGGUACCAUCUGAACAAGAUCGUGGUAAGAGAAUCAUUGAGCGAGACAGGAAGCGACCGUCCUGGUUCACCCAGAAUUAAGACCAAAGGUGUUGGAAGAGGAUAACUUCAUACAAAACAUUUAUCCUGAAAGAGAGGAAAAUUCUUUGUUUUCACAUUAGUUUGCGCUUGUUUUUAAAUUACCAGUCUAGUUUAAAACGUUCUCUCAAAGCAGUUGGUUUUGUGUGGGCAAUUUGAACAAAAUACCAGGAGUAAACUCUGAAAAUAUUUGUUUAUACAGAGGCACAAUGGACUAACAUGUCUGUUUCUGUUAUACUGUAAGGUUUUAAGUAAACGUAAAAUUUCCAAUACAGGAAAAUAAAAACAAGUGAUUCGAAAUUCCUUGCAAGAA